CGACCCGGCAUGCCUGUGUGACGUCUGAAUCUUUGAUUUGCAAUCACCAUUCACCACCACUUACGAAAUAGGCUACGCUUUACAAAGUACGUUUGUUAUUACUGUGCCUACUACUACUACGAAGCGAAACAUACAUGGUGGACCUACGUAUGGCCCUCGCCCUGCCCUUUCGACCGCGUGAGAAAAUCAUCGACUUUGACGCGAGCGACAGCAGCAGCUGCUUUACAAUCGGCAGCAUCAUGUACCAGUCGCAGGUCUCGCUCGUCAUGGACACCAUCUGUCCAUGGACGUAUAUAGCCAAGACGAGACUCGACCAAGCCCUGGCGCAGGUCCGCGCCGACCCGGCCACGUCGGCCGCCGGCGUGACGUUUACGCUGCGCUUCCAGCCCUUCCUGCUGGACGCGUCGUUUGCGGACACGGAGCCGGACCGGGCGGCGUGGCUGCUGCGCGAGGAGCACAUGGGCAACGCGGACAUACAGCGCGCGCACCAGGCGCACAUGCGGGCGCUCGCCGAGCGGCUCGGCCUGCCGCCGCUGCGCUUCGACGGCCCGACGGGGAACACGCUGCAUGCGCACCGCCUGAUUCAGCUCGUGCAGGGCAGCAGCAGCAGCUCCUCCGACUCUGACGAUGACGACGACACCAGUGGUAACGGUAAUGGUGUAAGUGGUGGUGUAAGUGGUAGGGGAGGAGGGUACGGAGGCCCCGACGCCGCGGCGAGGCUCGUCGACGGGCUGUUCAGGCGGUACUUUGCCGAGGGCGCGCACCCGGCGAGCGAGGAGACGCUGCGGGACGCGCUGGUGCGCGACGCGGGCCUGCCGGAGGGGGAGGCGGCGCGGCUGGUGCGCGACGACCGGGACGAGGGGCUCGCCGAGCUGAGGCGGCGGGCGAGGGAGGUGGCGUGCGACGUGGACGGGGUGCCGACGGUGGUGCUGGAGGGGCGGCGAAGGGACCUGACUCUCACGGGGGCCAAGGAGGUGGCCGAGUACGUCAAGGCGCUGCAGACGAUUAUCAAGGAGAGCAAGUGAGUCGGUCGGUCGGUCGGUGACUUGGAGCAUGUAUGUAUGUAUGACGAGGCAUCGGGGCAUGCAUGUCGAUGGUGGCGAGCUACGUACGGACGGGCACGGUGAGGCAUGCGGGAGGCGGGACGCACUGCGUUGGUUUUUGCGGCUAUGGAAGCGGGUGACGAGAGGUACAUAGGAAUGAGAUACAUGAAG